CUGGUCCUCUGACUCCUCGGGCUCUUCCAUCGCCGGGGAGCCUCGGUACCGAGUGGUGCUGCUGGGUGACCCCGGCGUGGGCAAAACCAGCCUGGUCAACCUCUUCGCCGGAGUCCAGGAGAGGGACGUGCUGGAGCAGCACGGAGGGCCCUGCAUUCCUGUGGGGAAUGCCUAUGUCAUCGUCUACUCCGUCACUGACCGGGGCAGCUUCGAGAGUGCCCCGGAGCUGCGCAUCCACCUGCGCCGCGCACGCCAGGCCGAGGACAUCCCCAUCAUCCUGGUGGGGAACAAAACUGACUUGGUGCGAUGCCGUGAGGUUUCUGUCGAAGAGGGUCGUGCCUGUGCCGCUGUCUUUGACUGCAAGUUCAUCGAGACAUCGGCAGCUCUGCAGCACAACGUGGAUGAGCUGGUGCGGCAGAUCCGCCUGCGCCGCACGGGCAAGGAGUCCCAGCCGCACCCUGUGCCUGGCCAGAAGCGCAAGGAGAGCCUCACCAGGAGAGCUCGACACUUCCUCGACAGGCUGGUGGCCAGAAACAGCAGUAAAGCAGCCCUCAAAGUCCGCUCCAAGUCCUGCCACGACCUGUCUGUGCUCUGA